CUUCCGAUGAAAGUAUGUUUUUUUCGGGGUAGCUUUCUAUAGGCUUCUGUGUGACCCAUAGUUGAAACGGGUAGGGCGCUGUACUGUUUAGCAAUAUUUAAUGCUAGACAGAUGCAAUGAAUCUCAAUAUUAUUACUUGAACGAACUGUUGAAUUUCCUCGAGGGGGGACAAGUGGCUGAAGAAAGUGAGAGAAGAGGGGCGCAGCUGAGAAGUCACCGCUAGCUCCGUUCCUCAGAAUUAGGCGAUGCUUCUUUUAGCUGCUGCCUGACUCCGCCGCUCGCUCCCUCGUCCCCAAGAAUUGAGAGGCAUGUGAAAUUCUGACACGCGAGGGGUGACCACAACUCUUUCGGAAUAUAUAUGCGCUUAGAAGAUCUUUUUAAGAAAGUGUGGGAUAUAUUUUUCGAGAUUGUUUUACUUUGUCUUAUUAUUGCUCUACAAGACUGUGGAUUGAAAUGGUGCAAUGUUCCGAAAGAUAUUACCGCGCGUUUGGAUUUGCUGGAUAUUCGUCACUUUUGCGUCGACGUGGGGAAUUUAUUUCACAGGUGCACACAGCUGUCAUGAAGUUAAAACAGCUUUCCAGUUGCGUCAUAUCGGUCCUUUAAGAUGGGUCCCGGAAACAGCGGCAACAGACGCGGACCUCCAGAUCUGCAAGCACCAGGGUCCGACCUGCUGCACCCGCAAGAUGGAGCAGAGCUAUGAUGCGGCUGCACGCAGGGACACCCUUCAGAACAUUCUCUCCUACAGCUUCGAGCUCAAGUAUCUCAUCCUUGGACACGCAUCUGCCUACCGCGACACCUUCUAUUCCCUUCUGUCAUUCACACUCAACCACACCCUCUCGCUUUUCGACCUCGCCUAUGAGCCAAUCGCGCGAGAGGCCCGCCCCUUAGUCAUCACCCUCUACUCUGACCUCGCCCUCUACCUCUACGGUGAUGCUGGCAUCUCUAUCGAAAGUUCGGUCCACCACUUUUAUGACGUCCUCUUCCCACUGGUCUACCGCCACCUGGUCAACCCCGGCCUGCGUUCCUCCUCCUGGUCAGCAGAGGGCGCCGAGUGCCUCCGUGCCACGCGACCCGACGUAAACCCGUUCGGGCCCCACCCUCAGGUGCUGGCUCAGGGCUUGGCCCAGGCGCUAGCGGGCGGGCGAGCCCUCGCCCGGGCGUUGGCGGCAGGUGCCGACGUCCUGAAUGCCACGGAGACGGUGGGCAUGGCGAGGGAAUGUGGCCGGGCCCUGGUGCGGAUGCACUACUGCCCGCACUGCAGGGGGCUGACCCUGAUCCGGCCCUGUGGUGGACUCUGCCUGAACGUGAUGCGCGGCUGCCUGGCCGGCCUGGCUGAGUUGCAGGCACCCUGGAGCCGCUACGUGGCCCUGCUGGAGGGGCUGAGUGCGGCACUGGCCGGAGGCCACGAGCUGGAGCUCGCCCUGCUGGGGAUACGCGAGAGGAUUAACGACGCCAUCCUGAGUGCUCAGCUGCACGGGCCACACCUCAGUGCUGUCGUGGAUAAGGUGUGCGGUCCUCUGACAGAGUCAGUCUCGUCCACUCGAGCUGAUGGUCCUCCCACCUCGACCUUGUCCACAGUGAAGCUGCAGCACCCAAUCCCCCCCGCCAGCCCUGCAGGAGGGGCAGACCCUGGGGGCGAACAGCACGGUCAUGUCGCCCUCACAAAGAGGUCCUUACCUCUAAAACCUUCCAAGAAUGACAAGCCCAGAAGUCUGAAGAAGCUCUCUAAGGAGUUCAUGGGUUAUAUUCAGCGAUACAAAGCCUUCUUCUCUACGCUGCCGGAGCUUCUGUGUGAGGGCGAGAUGGUGGUGGAUGACUACACCUGUUGGGGUGGCGAGGAUGUGGUGGAGAGCUACACAGAUCGUGUGGUGGGCAGCGGUCUGCUCGCACAGAGGCACAACCCUGAGAUGAAGGUCAGAGGUGUGGACCCAGUCCUGGUCGAGGCCAAAGAGAGGCUGGAGCAGUUUAAUCAGGGGAUAUGGCAUGAGACAGGCCUGGGCGUAGACCUGCACGAGCAAUUGGAUGCUGGCAGCGGCAACACCAUGGAAACCAGUGGCGAAUGCGAUGAUGAAGAUGGUUGCCAGGGAUCAGGAGAGGAUGAAGAUGCACCAGGCGGGCCUCUCCCCUCCUUUCAGCCUCCUGACUUCAGAGCUCGUCCGGGGAUGCCAGCUUCGGCAGCGGCGCGCCCCGAGGCCGCCUCCCCGCUACUGCUCUCCCUCCCUCUCCUGCCCCUGCUGCUGCUAUCCUGCCUGGGCCGAGCCUCCGCCUGACACCUGCCCCCCAUCAGCCACAUGGAGGAUCAGGGGCAGGAGUGCUCGGGACACACUGGAGGACUGAUGUAUGCACUUGCACUGGACAUCCCCCCCCCCCCCCCCCCCCCC